UAAAGAGUCUCCUUGGUAGGAAACAACAGAACUUGAGACCAUUUGGUAUUUAUUUGUAACAAACAAGAAAAUUCAUUCCCAAACUACAUUUGGCGCCUUGAAACCAAUUCAAACACGAUGUCAAAGGCUGUUGUUGAACUUGACGAACAACUUGCACAAAUAGAACAAGACCUUGACUUAAUAACCACCAGGUUUAAAACGGAAUUUGACAAAAUUUACAAAAGUACAGAAUCAAUAUCUAUCAAUCCAAUCUCUAUCUCUGCAAGGAUAAAAAAGCUUCACAGAGAAUUCUUAGAUUUGUUAAUAAGCUUCGAGAACAUGAUCAAGGAAAAGCAUCAGUUGCAAGAAUAUAUUCACAAGAAACUUAUUGGAGACACAAAUAAUAUCUUGGACCGUGCAUUCAAGCAACUUGUACAGCAGCAACAAAGUUCUCCCAACUGGGAGACUGCAAACAGAAACUGGGAGGCGUGGAACCAAAACUUGAGAAAAUAUUUUCAACUUUAUGCAUCUGCUGAUGCGUUGGAAGAUAAUACUGACAUCAACAGCAACUUGGAACUGGAAACAAUGAAAGCUGAUGCCUUUGUUUUUGUCGACAAUGAAGGAAAGAAACAAGAAUACCUUAAAAACAGCGUCAAAGAAGAACAAUAUCAAGAAAAGAAAAUAGAAAAAGAGUAUCCAUUCGCUCCCAUAGCAAAAAGCGCCUUUCAACGACUUCCACGAAAUCUUCGCACAAAGGCAUCAUUAGAAGAACUUAACCUUCAUUAUGAAAAAGUGUGGAAAAUAAUAGUGUCAAAAGGGGUUUAGCAGUCAUUAGUUUCACUAUGGAGGGUUGGAUUCUA